AUAUUACUGAUGCUAACCUCGCUAGUGAUAUAUUCUUAACGCUCUCUUAACUUAUAUUUAAAAUUAUUUUUAUAAAAAGGAAAGAGAUAAUUUUAACUACUAUUGAUACUCAAGAUUACAUCUAGACGAAAUAAAUAUAAAAUGAACACUGUAAUCUAUACCGUAGCUGUCUUUUAUUCAAGUCUUUAUACUCUAGCUGAUGCAUCAGUGAUUACGUUUGAAGCUGACCCAGAGACAAUAAAUCCUCUACUGACCAAAUCUCUGUCACUGCGUUGUUCAGUGCAAACUAAAGCAGCGCCCAGCUCUACUGUGCUCCGUGAAGGGUUGUUGAAAAUCUUAAAUACAACAUUAACAACAUCAUAUACAAAUUCUCCAAGUACCAGCCCGACACCAACAAUUUCAGAGAGACCAACAACUACCACAACACAUUUCAAAACCACUACUUCAACGACACCAAGAACCACUUCAGAUCUAACAACCACGAGCACUGGAGCAACCAUCCCGCCAUCCUCUUCUACAACAACGACCACAACAUCGAUAUCGUUACCACAGCCGUCAAGCACCUUUAGUGUAGCUCAAAUUAGUACGGAAGUAUCCCACGUGACCUCCAUCGUCAUUAGCAAGGUAAAUCAGCUGACCAAUCAGAUUGAAACAAUCGCUGACAUCACACCUUUUGAGAACGCCACUAUCUCUCCAGCCUUCACGGGGACAGUUAUCGUUGAGGGUAACAGUAUGAGGUCCCCACGACCUGGAGAAAGCGGCUACCUUCAAGUGGUUUGGCCCAAUCCUGACCAAAAUCAAUCCGGGGAAUAUGUUUGCGAAAUAUUUGGACUCGACCCCCACAAUCACCCAGUAACACUGAGGUCAACGCUGACCUUAACAUCACACGAAACAACAAUUCAAGACCUGGUGACGUACAUCUCAAGUCUGGAGAAGAGUUUGAAUUAUUUCAAAUUACCGAAGAUUCAAAAAGGCGCCGAGACAUGUAUUCCCAACGCAUUCAGCAGCUAUGUUCCAGUGUCUUUUAGCGAGGCGUUUAGCACAGUGCCUACUGUGUUCAUGUCAUUCACAGACGUCCGUUACAGUUCGAGCAUUGAUGGCGAGUUCAGAGUGACAGUUAUAGGGGUCAAUGAAACACAUUUCACGUAUGAUUGUCUAGCAGUCCAUACAGUCGUUUCUUUCGAUUGGCUAGCCAUUGAAGACUAAAUUUAUUUCGUAAGAUUAGAGAUGAUGGCUUAUGAGAAUAAGGAGCUUGUGUACGAAUUUAUCCUACUGUAUGGAAUAAGAAAUGUGUCUUUAUUAGUUCGUAUUUCCGAAUAAUUAUUUCUUCAUGUUUUUGUAUUUGUAAGUUAUAGUUGUCUAGCCUUUCACAUUUAAAAUGUUCUUCAUUGUUGUGGUUUAAUAUUUGAUGUUAUGAUUGAUAAGUAAAUAGCUCUAGAAUUAAUUAGAAAGUUGGUAGUUAGAAAAAAAACAUAAAAUGCUUAAAAACAAUUUGAAUUUACAUUAAGUUUAAUUAACUUAGUAAGUUACAUUAAAUUUUGAUAAACAAUGUUGGCUCCUAUCCGUUUAAGUUAAAAAUACAAAAAUCAUUCCUCGUCACAGAAGUGCUAGAUUUAUAUAGAAUAAGGGAGUUAAACCUUGCACUACUAAUAUAUGGCAAUGAUUUUUAUAGUUUUUUUCCCUUAGAUAUCCACUUGUAUUACUUAAGUAUUUUUUUAUUAUUACAAAUCUUCGCUCAGCUUAUUGUCAGAAAUGUUCAUCAUUUUACAAAAUCAAGGUGGAAACAAGAAUAUAUUUUAUAUAGAAACAUGUACAAUGAAGUGAUACUUUUAUAGAGUCUUCUCUUUUCUUUUAUUACAAAGCUAAAUAACUCAUUGACCUUAGAGUUAAAAUUUAUAUGUAAUGUUGUUUUUAGAGUCCUUCUGGACUAAAAAAAAAUGCCGGGCCUCAAAAAAAUGGCUCGAUAAAUGAAUGCAUGUUUUAAUUGAAUAAAUUUGAGAUUUGAGAUAUUAUUUACAGAAAAAAAGGGUAUAUGUGAUCUACUUUAUAAAAAAACAAGAUUUUAAAAAUUAAUGAAGAAAUCUUUAAUUACAACCUUUGUAAAAAUGUUUGUAAAAUGUUUUACAUGUUUCGGAUGUUCCAUCAGAGUUGAAGAUAAUUUACUUCCUAGUCCAAACCUCCCGCAGGACGACGGGGGAUGGGAUUUGAACCCUCGACCAUCGAUAAAUUCGAACGACAGUCCAGCGAGCAAACCGCACGACCAGGCAGCCAUCCAGACUAAUAUUUAAGUAUACAUUAUACUAGCCGAAUAUUACCCACGGCCUGCAGGCUGGAUCUACCCUAUUCGUCUAAACGUUUCACUCUUUAACUCUUUCUCUCCUAACAGACGAUACCAACGUUGAUUCCAUCAGAAUGUGGUAAAUAAUUACGGAGAGAAAGAGUUAAUAAAGAUACAUUUAUUUUUAGGGUCCCCACGUUCAUAGUAGAUACACUACGGUCUCUGCCAUGACCUAAGGAACAUGCCAAAUUUUAUCAAGAUUGGUCAAACCUUGUUGAUUUCUAUGCGGGACAUACAUACAUACGUACAUACGCCUUACUUUUUGCUUUAUAUAUUAGAUAUUAGAACAGUCUUUUGUAAUAAUAAUUAAAUUUACCUUCAGAAAUUUUGUUUAAAAUCUCAAUUUAUAUUUAUAAAGCAUUGUAUUAUUGAGAGAUGCAAUAGUGUAAUAAUAGUCCUAUAUUAUUUGUAUUAUUUGGUUUUAAUCUUGUAUCUCAAUGUAACAUAGACACUUGGUCAUUCUGCUUUGAAUGCUAACAACGCUGUUCAGAAUAAAGUAUAAAUAAAGAAGAUAUUUGCUUUUU